UGGCCCGUUAGCCCAUUACCGCUGUAGAGAAUAGCCCUUUUCUUUCGAACUUCAAUUCUCUUUCUCCGUGCUAUCUGCUUUCUUCCUCCAAAACCGGUAACCGUAAUUGGGUUCAGUCACCGACUUGCAUAGUUUCAAAUCGGAGUUCCGAUCAGGGUUUCUGGAUGCCGCUUUGGCCGAUAGCGAUUUAGUUUCAGUGAAAGAAUAGUGUAGGAAACGGAUCAAGUUUUUCUUGUUUGCUCACCCACUUCGAUAUUGACUCAAAUAGAGAGAGCAAAUAUGGCAGAGCUACUAAGCCUUGGCAUACUUAUAGAUAUUGUGGAUGAGGAAUGGAUGGGAGAUACUCUGCCCAAUGAUGAUCUCCCAUUACCCCCUGUCUUGGUUGUUCGUAGUGACGAUACUGAAGACUCGAAUCAAGAUAGCCAACUAGUGGAUGAGGAUACUUGGCAUGACCUUGCAUUGGGAAAUCAGUAAAGGCUUACAGAUUAAUAUUAGCAGCGGCAUUCGUCUGUUGUGGAAGCUGUUAUGUAAAAGCUUUGGCACCUUCUGAACCUCUGGAUCUCUUUCCUUAACUUUCUACUUGGAAUAUAUAUAUAUAUAUAUACACACACAGAGAGACUAGAAAAAUUAUGUGUUUAAAUGAAAUUCAUGGAUUUGCAUGUCAAUUUGGAAAGAGUCAGUAAAGCUCCAUUCUAAUUGAA